AGGAAAUUAUGAAUGCCAUUAAAGCUCAAGAUCCAUUGAAUGAAGAUGUCAUUACAGAAUGCUUAGAAAAUAUAGUGAAAGCGUUUAUACAAUUUAGAAAUGCAUUAAAGAACUUUUAUGGUAAAUUGAAUUCAGAAGAAUUCUAUGUCGAUUUAAGACCCAUAUUGUGUGGGUGGUCUCAUGGAAAACUUAAAGACAAGGGUUUAAUUUACGAAACAAACUCACAACAAAUGAACAUAAAUAAUAAUAAUAAUAAAGAGAAUGAGAAAGUCAAAUCGAGUUGUCCAUUUUCUGGUCAAAAUUAUACUGACAACAUGGAUCGACGGAAAUGUAUUGGAGCAAGUGCAGCACAGUCAAUAACGAUUCAGACUUGUGAUGCAUUUUUCCAGAUAAAACAUCAUCCUGAGGAUGAAAAACUCUUCCGUAAUAUGCAGACUUAUAUGAUAAGAGAACAUCGACAGUUUAUUCACGAUCUAGCAAUGCAUAGUCGAAUCCGUUCUAUAGCUAGUGAAAGCAAAUCUUCUCGUAUGAGAACAGCCUAUAAUCAAUGUCUACAAUCAUUGUGGAAUUUUCGAAAUGCUCACAUAUCAUUAGUUAAAAGAUUCAUUAUACAACCAUCACAGAGUGCUGAGGCUAAAAUAAAACAACUUGAUAUUAAAGGAACAGGUGGUCAAUGUUUAAAUGUCUUUCUUCAACGUGUACGAGAUGCAUCACUCUCUGCAUCUUUGGAUUAAUUGAAUUUGCUUUGAAAUAAUAUCAGUUUAUACAAAACAGUAAUUUUUUUUUGUUCUAUGAAAAUAUUAAUUCAAAUAUACAUGAUAUUUUAUU